AUGACAAUCAACGCUGCUCAGGCACGUGAUACUUCAAUCAUGUACCCUACACUUGAGGUGCUCUUACUGACAAUAGAGAGGAGAAUAACUGAGCACACUGCUCCACUUAUAGAGGCUGCUCCUGUUAAUGCGUUUGUCACUGCAAGAGGUCGUGGUGGACAACGUCGUGGAAAUGGACGAAGAAUGUUUCUGUUUGGUUGUGGUGGUGCUACUGGAAACCAGCGAGUUUUCAAUCCCCACAACAAUAAUAAAAACAACAAUAAAUUGAGUGCGUAUGAUGGUGAGCCAUAUAACAGUCCCGACUUGUAUCGAAGUGUUGUUGGAGCACUUCAGUAUCUUACCAUCACGAGACCCAAUCUUUCUUACGCUGUGAAUCAGGUAUGUCAGUUCAUGCACUUUCCAAAGAAUACACAUUGGACAGCUGUCAAAAGGAUACUUCAUUAUGUUAAGGCCACGUACAAGCAUGGCCUUCUGUAUAAACCUGGUACUGCACAUCUCACGGCAUUUUUAGAUGCUGAUUAUGCUGGGAAUCCUGACACUCGGCAUUCCACUGGUGGUUUCUGCAUUUACUUAGGCUCUAACUUGUGUCCUGGAGCUCUAAGAAACAAAAAACUGUGUCUCGCUCCAGUUCAGAAGCUGAGUACAGGUAGCUAG